AUGGGAGAUUGUCAACAAGCAAUGUAUAAUUAUGAAAUGGCAUUAUCUAUCAGAGCAAAAUAUUAUCCAUUGCCAGUCUCAUCAUGCGCUUCGCUUUUUGGCAACAUUGGUGAAGUUUUGCGUUGCGUAGGCGAUAUUGAUAACGCUCUAAAAUUCUAUCAAAGAGCGCUUCAAGCAUGGUCAUCAGAAGCAUCAGCUUACCAUCCACAUACAGCAACUAUUUACAAUAAUAUGGGUUUGGCUUAUGAAGCAAACACAAAUUAUGAACUUGCACUUCAAAAUUAUCAGAAAGCACUUGAUAUUCAAGAAAAAUUUCUACCUCCUACACAUUCUGAUUUAGCACUCACAUUUAACAAUAUUGGCACACACUAUUAUCGUAAAAAAAGUUAUAAAAUAGCCUUAGAAUACUUCACCAAAGCACUAAAUAUUCAGCUCAAUAGUUUGCAUUCUCACCAUCCCGAAACAGCGGCAACCUACAGUAACAUCGGUUGUAUACAUAUUGAUGAGAAGAAUUAUGAAGAAGCGUUGACAAAUCUGGAAUGUGCUCUCGAAAUUCAAUUAAAAUCUAAUCAUUCAUCAACUUUUAUUACCUAUCAUAAUAUCGGUAGUGUCUAUCAUACAAUGAAAAAUUACCAACUAGCUAUUAUUAAUUACGGAAAAGCGAUCGAGUUUUGUUUAACGGCUCAGAAUAUAAAUUAUUCACAACUUUUAACAACGUAUAAUCAGAUAGCAGAUGCUCACAAGCAAGAAAAUAAUAUUGAUCUAGCACUUGAAAAUUAUAUUAAAGCACUUACAAUCAGAUUGGAACACCGCCACGAUGACUGUUUAGAGAUCGAACGAGCUUUCGACAUCAUUGGAAAUACAUGCUUUGAAUAUGGUCAUAUUUCAAUUGCAUUGGAAAAUUAUCAGAAAAUGCUGGAUUUUUUCUCCAAGAAUUUUCCAAAUCAUUUGAACAUAGCGAAUGCUCACACAAGCCUUGCACGUGCACAUCAAAUUAGUAAAAAUUAUCAUAUGGCACUAGAACAUUUGCACCAUGCAUUGCAAAUAAAAAUUACCUUACUAACAUCAGAGCACAGUUCAGUCGGUACUACAUAUAACAAUAUUGGAGAAGUUUACAGAAAAAUGGGUGAUCAUGAACAAGGCAAAGAAAAUUAUGAGAAAGCUCUUCAUAUCUACAGGAAGUCGUUACCACCUAAUCAUCCUGCAUAUGCUAUAAUUUAUCAAAAUAUUUCUCUUUUAUCUAGCGAUCAUGAUGAAUAG